CUAAAUUAAAGAUGGCUGACAAAAAAGAUUCAGGGAGUGACUCUGAGUCAACAGAGGAACCAGUAGUUGGCAAUGUAAACAAAUUCUCUGUCUCGCCACCAGGAUAUACAGGACGGACCAAGAAAGGACAUCUUAUCUUUGAUGCAUGCUUUGAAAGUGGUAACCUAGGGCGUGUUGAUUACAUCACAGAAUUUGAGUAUGACUUGUUCAUAAGACCAGAUACGUGUAACCCUAGGUUUAGGGUAUGGUUUAACUUCACUGUUGAGAAUGUAAAACAUGAUCAGCGUGUGAUAUUUAAUAUAGUUAACUUCAGCAAAACCAAGUCACUCUAUAGGGAGGGAAUGUCUCCAAUGGUGAAAUCAUCAAGCAGGCCUAAAUGGGUACGGGUCCCAGCCAAAAAUGUGUAUUACUACAGGUGUCCGGAUCAUAGAAAAAACUAUGUGAUGUCAUUUGCAUUCUGCUUUGACAGAGAACGUGAUGUUUACCAAUUCGCUUACUGCUAUCCUUAUUCAUACACAAGACUACAAAAUUAUUUGGACAAUUUAGAAAAAAGAAAUUUAGAUUUUGUAAAUAGAGAACUCCUUUGUUUAAGUGUGCAACAAAGGAGGCUAGAUAUGUUAACCAUAACAAACCCUGAAAACCUUGAUCCUGAUAAUGAGAAACAGAAAGUUGUAUUCAUCACUGCAAGGGUACAUCCUGGUGAAACACCAGCAUCAUACAUAUGCCAAGGUAUAUUGGACUUUCUUGUCAGUAACCAUCCUAUUGCCAAAAUCCUACGAGAUCACAUCGUGUUCAAAAUUGUCCCCAUGCUAAAUCCCGAUGGAGUCUACCUAGGAAACUACAGAUGCUCCCUUAUGGGUUUUGAUCUGAAUAGACAUUGGAUGGAACCAUCACCAUGGGCACACCCUACACUCUAUGCAUGUAAAAAUCUCAUGAUGGAACUAGACAGAAGUCAAAAAGAUGAUCUUGAUUUUUACAUAGACAUUCACGCUCAUUCAACAUUAAUGAACGGGUUUAUGUAUGGUAAUACAUACGAGGACAUGGACAGGUUUGAAAGACAGGCAGUGUUCCCCAAACUCCUCUGCGGCAAUGCGGAAGACUUCUCAAUGAGUAACACAUCAUUCAAUAAAGAUGCUGUAAAAGCUGGUACAGGCAGAAGGACCCUAGGUGGAAUAUUAGAUGAGAACUGUCACUGUUAUACACUGGAGGUAUCAUUCUUUAGCUACAUGACUAACAGUUCCAGCAACGCCCUUCCAUACACAGAAGAAGCAUAUAUGAAACUAGGACGCAAUCUAGCCAGGACAUUCCUAGAUUACUACAAGCUAACUGGAUACAUCAGCUCUAAGCCGAGUAGCAGCCUAGUACCCAAGCCUGGGAGACAUAGCGCUAGGGAGAGGCAUCGCGAGAGGGGGUCUUCUGAGAGAGCAGCAUCAGAACCCACUGUGAGAGUCUCAAAUGAUGAGAGGUAUGAUAAUAGAGGGAGUCAGGGCAGGCUGAUGUUCGAGAGGCCUACAAUGGGGAGUAAUGUCAGCUCUGGAAGCUUUGGAGAGACACAGUUUAGACUACAACAUAGAGGGAAUAGACCUUGAAUGAAGUCUUGUGAAUAGUCUAUGAAUUUUAGUGAAAAAUGCCCUGGAUUUUACUAGGGAGCUUAACUGUGCAUUAAGUACAUACAUGUACAAGAACUGAUAUAGGCCGACAUUGAAAAGUGCCUCGGUUUUCAUUGAAAAUGGCAGUGUGAUUCUUCUGGAUAUGAAAAGCCCUGAAACUACAUGUACCUCAGAGUAAACUGGUCCAGAAUUCUCUCAUGGGAAAAUACCUUUAUUCACAUGAAGAAAUUAGGCACUGAAUUUUUAGAAUUGGCAUAAAUGUGCAUAAUUGGCUGAUGCUGAAUGGUGAUGAAUUGGACAUAUCUUUUUAUAAUCUUUUUUAUAUAUCACUCAAAUGCUUUACUCACUUCACUGAUAGUAUUUAUCAUCAAGAACUUCUUAUAAUCAUAAUGCUCAAUGGAGAAUACAUAAAAUAAAAGAUAUAUGCAAGAAGUUUUCGAUGGUAUUUUAUUAUGAUGUUCAUCACAAUAUUCCCCACUGUAUCACAAAUCUAGUCCAAGAAACACUAGUCUUGGUACAAAGACUAAUUGUGAAUGUUUUGUUUCAUAGAAUCAACAAGAACAAUCAAGUAUAGAACAUUCAUGUACAUUUGAGUUUGGAAUAUCAACGAAUUUAUUGAACAUGUACAUGAAUUCCAUUCUCGAAUGAAUCCGUCCAAAAUAAAUUGAGAUAUGUUUAUUUAAAUAUGCAGAAUUAUAAUGUUUCUUCUGAACGAUUAAACUAUUUAUGUAUAAAAAUGUAAGUAUGAAUUAUUAGAUCAAAGUGGAUCUAGCAGAAAUAAAAGGCCAGUAUAAUAGUUAAUCAUUUUCUCUUGUUAAACUAUGAGAAUGUUGUUAUUUGGGUAGCUUCUAGCUGGUAGCAUUGUCUAUUGUCUAAUUGAGCCAC